UUUUUGAUGGGAAGGCGUUUAAUACCUAUCAAGCAAUUACGUGUCCGCACAUAGAAACAAUAAGCUCUUCAUUUGAUUGGAUCCCUCAAGCUGUUCCCAGUCAUUUGAGCAAAUUACUUGCGCGUUUACAUGGUGCCCCAUUUGCGUGGUUCAUUGGUCAGUUGGAAUUUAAAAUAUUCGACGAUCAACAUGAGAAUCCAGUUGUUGGUAUUCAUGUCCGACGUACGGAUAAA